GACAGUCCUCGAUGAUGGCGGCCAUUUCUUUGCUUUUGAAUUGCCCAAGGUGUAUACAGAGGAUGUCUUCAAAGCUGUAAAAGCAUUCAGAGAAUGGCAUGCUAAGGCCAGCAAGACUGAGUUGUGAUUUGGUCAUCGCCAUGGCGAAACUACUGUUGGGUUUUUUAGCAGCGGUCGUUGGAGUGGCUGUUUAUAUGAGUUGCAAGUGCUGCAAUCCUCCGAAACCACCAAACUUGAGCCUCGACGAGUGGUGGGGCCCUAAUGAACUGAAGGGAAGGCAGGAUACCAGUAUUCGACCUUUCCAGAUCAAAUUUUCUGAAGAGAUGAUAAAAGACCUAAAAGAACGCCUCAACAACCAUCGUCCCUUCACCCCACCAUUGGAAGGCAUUGGCUUCCAAUACGGGUUCAAUACGAAAUAUCUGGACAACCUGGUGUCAUACUGGGCUGAGAAGUACCCGUUUGCUGAUCGCGAGAAGUUCCUAAACCAGUUCCCUCAAUUCAAAACCAACAUUCAGGGGUUGGACAUUCAUUUCAUCAGAGUUAAGCCUCAGGUUCCCCCAAAAGUACAAGUGCUGCCAAUUCUUCUUCUCCACGGCUGGCCAGGUUCCGUUCGAGAGUUCUACGAGGCUAUUCCAUUACUGACCAAGCAGACACCUGGAUAUGACUUUGCAUUUGAAGUUAUUGUCCCUAGCUUGCCUGGAUAUGGUUUCUCUGACGCUGCAGUAAGACCAGGCUUAGGUGUGGCCCAAGCAGCAGUCAUAAUGAAGAGUUUGAUGAACCGUCUCGGCUAUAAGAAAUACUACGUCCAGGGCGGCGACUGGGGAGCCGCCAUCGUGUCCGCCAUGGCCAAAUUUUAUCCCGAAGAAGUUUUAGGUCAUCACUCAAAUGCGCUUUUAGUAAUGACUUCGUGUACAACGCUGAAGAUGUUUAUUGGAGCGUUCUUCCCAUCAUUGGUGGUGGAACCUCACUUGGCUGACCGCAUGUACCCACUGUCUACCAAGUACUCGAUCCUUCUUGAAGAGAUGGGUUACGCUCAUUUGCACGCCACUAAGCCUGAUACUAUUGGUGUUGCUCUUGCGGAUUCUCCAUCGGGCCUUCUCGCCUACAUCGUAGAGAAAUUCUCCACCUGGACAGUUCUUGAGAACCGAAAUCGUCCCGACGGAGGUCUGAACAGCGAGAAAUUCUCCAAAGAUCAACUGAUUGAUAACUUAAUGAUUUAUUGGAUUAGCAACUCUAUUACUACUUCCAUGAGGUUUUAUGCUGAAUACUUCAGUGAUAAACAUAGGGCACUGGACUUGGAAAGUGUCGAAUGCACAGUUCCAACCUGGGCUCUUCAAGCGAAAAACGAGCUCACCUACCAACCUCCAGGCUUUCUGAAGACGAAAUACAAAAACCUUAUAGACGUGACAGUCCUCGAUGAAGGCGGCCAUUUCUUUGCAUUUGAAUUACCCAAAGUGUUUACUGAAGAUGUCUUCAAAGCUGUAAAAGCUUUUAAAGAAUGGCAUGCUAAGGCCAGUAAGACCGAGUUGUGAUUUUGGUAAUUAAUUCAAGUUGUUUAUAAUAAUAUGAAGUG